AAAUAACUUGUACAAACCUCUUCCUAUUUUUUCUCUUUCUCCAACAACCUCUUGCGAGAGGCUACUUCUUUCAACUUCAUUCGUUUUUCUUUUCUUUAUCAAUCGAGAGCUUUAAAUUUGAAUUCGAUAAUAAUCGUCAAAUUCGUCUCAAAUUAAUGUUUGACAAAAAUAUUAGGUAUAAGUGUGCAAUGUAUUGUGCAACUGGUUUUUUCCGUGAAUUGCCCAAAAUAGCAUUACCGGCAUUCUCAAGGCCGCAAAUUCAAAAAAUCAACACUUAGUGAAAGCUAAUGACUGGCAUUUUUGGCAAAUGACGUUCUUCGUAUUUCGAAUACUGUAAUAGGCAAAUUCCGAACAGUAUCCUUUCCGCUCGUGGGAACAUGAUUGAUGCAAAUCACUCAAUAUUCGUGACACUACACCAGAGAAGAAAAGAUGAGCAGAAAAUACGACAUUCUUAAUCAGUGACGAGUUCAGCGACACAAAGGCGAACCCAGACCGAGACAAAGACGAACGCCAGGACGUGAAGAAGGAGAGAUUUGUAAAUUCCGGUUUCAAAAGAUCGAAGCUACUAUGUUCGCGGGUAUGGAAGGGAUAAAAUCUGAGCUUCUCGGAUAUAAAAGUCAUCCCGUGUUUUCAGCCGUCCUGAUAUUUUGUUCCUAACGAGCCUGCAUCAUAUCCUCCGGACAAAAUGAAAUCGGCGUACUUUUUUAUCCUGGUGGUAUUGAUUCUUGUUGAUCAAAUACGCAGCUCGUCGUCGAUCGAGGAAGGUCAACUUCCUGUUGCCCUUAUCGAUCAAACUGCGGGAAAACUGAGUCGCACAAAAAGAGCUCCUAUUCUUAAAUUACCUCUACUUGUAGCGGGAGCCGCUGGAGCGGCAUUAGUUGGCAAAAAAGCACUUUUAUUAGGCGGUGCAGCUCUUGGCGCUAAAGCGCUCGUUGGUGCCGGGGUUCUCGGAGCUGGUUUAUACAAAGCUAAAUAUUACGGCGGCGGUUACGGAGGAGGAUACGGAGGAGGAUACGGAGGAGGAUACGGAGGAGGAUACGGAUACGCGUACCAUGGAUCACCAGCUUAUGGCUGGGGUUGGAACUAAUAAUUCGAAACUAAUAGGACUAUAAGAGAGAAGGAUAUCAAGAGGCAAUUUGAAGUCUACGUGAAAGCACGUCAGAGUGACGGAGCGCGGAAUAAAACUUCUUGUACAUACAUAAAUAAAAUUGUUUAGAACGUGAAACAUGCAUUAAGCAUGCGCGCAAUAAAAUGUAAUUUCUAUGCGCUUGUUCGAACGAACUUAAAUGUACCACGUGACAUAUGAUUCGAUAAUAAAGUGAGCCAUUAUAUUUAAC